GCGAAACAAAUUGGGCAGUGACGAAUUGGGCGGUGACAAGCGGCACAGACUGUAAUUCCAACGAAAGGAAAAGGGACCGCUACAGAGAAGAUUUGGACGCUUUAUAUGGAUUUAUGUACUGUAAAUUAAUUGGAAAACGCGUGUUGCUUUUAAUACUGUCCUUGUUCUUUAAUUUUGUCGUGUUUUGUGGCUUUUCUUCAACGACGAUCCCAAAAUCUCUGGACUACAGUUCGAUGCCUGAUCCGCUUGCAAGAGGGACAGCUGCUGGGAUUGUUUGGAUACUAUGAGGAAUGUUUUAUUUUUACCAAGAAAAACAUAUCAUUUUUAUGUUUUAACGUACGCGUAUUUUUAUACUACUACCUAAUUUAAUUUUACAGUUAUAAUUUUGCAAACUGGGCGUGUUAAUAAGGCUUUUUUGAUAGGAAUGCUAGCUUGUUAGCCGCUUAGCAUAGUUUCGCCGUGCUGAACGAAUGAAUGAACGGACUGUAUUGUAGCCACGAAAACAACUUUUUAUUGUUUUAUGUUAACGAUCCAACCCACAACGAGGAAGUUGGCGUUUAAAGACAUUAUGAUCGUGCUGUGCUAAGUGCCACAAAUGGACUGGAAUGCGGUUCGAAAUGAAAAUCGGUGAUUGAAGAAGAGGCUAGAGAGCGAGAAUUUGGGUUUGCGCUAAUGUUUGGACAAAAAAGAACGUAAACUAGCCACGUUUAUUCGCACUAUUUGGACUGAGUUUAAAGCUUAGAACUGUGUGGAAAUGGGGAACACGUUAUCAUGCUGCGUCUCACCAGAAUCGAGCCCCAAACUCCCGUCGAGACAAGCUCCGGAGAGGCUGGAGGAGGUUCACACGAGUACCGAUGUGAGCGACGACAACACCGGGCCUUACCUGCAGCACAUCAGCGACAGAGAGAUCCCAGAUGAGUUGGCUUUGGAGUCGAACCCUUCGGAUCAUGCUCGGGCCAGUACCAUCUUCCUCUGCAAGUCUCAGACAGACGUUCGAGACAGAAGGAAAAGCAACCACAUAAACCAUAUCAGCCAUGUUUCUCCUGGCCCUUUGUCAAAGAAGUACAGCUCCUGCUCCACCAUCUUCAUCGAUGACAGCACAGUCAGCCAGCCCAACCUCAAGAGCACCAUCAAAUGUGUAACAUUAGCAAUUUACUACCACAUCAAAAACAGGGACUCAGAUCGGUCAAUGGAUAUCUUUGAUGAGAAGUUGCAUCCCUUAUCGAGAGAGCCGGUACCAGAGGAGUACUGCCGCAUCGACCCGGAACACAAACUCAUCUAUCGUUUCGUCAGGACGUUAUUCAGUGCGGCGCAGCUCACAGCAGAAUGCGCCAUUGUCACUCUGGUGUACCUGGAGCGCCUGCUGACCUACGCAGAGCUGGACAUCUGCCCGGCCAACUGGAAGAGGAUCGUUUUGGGGGCGAUUCUUUUGGCUUCUAAAGUUUGGGAUGACCAGGCGGUUUGGAACGUCGACUACUGCCAGAUCCUCAAGGACAUCACUGUGGAGGACAUGAACGAGAUGGAGCGUCACUUCCUGGAGCUGCUACAGUUCAACAUAAACGUCCCUGCGAGUGUUUACGCCAAAUAUUACUUUGACCUGAGACAGCUCGCCGACGACAACAACUUGAGCUUCCCCCUGGAGCCGCUCAACAACCAGAGGGCCCAGAAACUAGAGGCCAUCUCUCGUCUGUGUGAGGACAAAUACAAAGACCUGAGCCGGGCCGCCAUGAGACGCUCCUUCAGUGCAGACAACCUGAUCGGGAUCCGCCGCUCCAACGCUGUCCUCUCUUAGGUCCUCUCGUUUUCUGACGGUUUCAACACAAACUCCUCCUCCCUCUUUUUGACCCUCGAACAAAACAUUUAACCAGGACUUAAGCCAAAUUUACUACAAACAUACAGCAUUCAGGAUGGAUUUGAGGUUUAAAGCUGCACUAUGUAACUUUUCUAGUAGGGGUCUGCCAUCUUCUUGUCUCCAUGGAAAUGUUUUUGCUUUGAGGUGCACAGCAUUGACAAAAAUAAAGUGUUUUCUUGUCUGAUAAUCAUGAAGUGUACGUUAGCAUGCUAGUUGUUGCUAGCUUUACAGCAGCAAAACUCGCAAAAAGCACCAAAAAAAACUUGUGGUGAAUAAUUAGGAUGCACAAAAUGUAUGAUUUAGUUGAAGAAUAAUUUUGGACCACUGCACACUGGUUAAAAGGAACAUUUCUGGUUUUCAAAUUUUUACUUUUAGAGAUUGACCUUAUGUGUUUUUCUAUAAUCUGUUCUACUACAAAUGUUCCACAGUAUGGCAUUAAACCUUUCUUUCUAUCUCCACAAUGACAAGCAGGUAGCAGACCUCCACAGAAAAGCUACGCAAUGUACUUUUAAAAUUGUCUGUUACUUCUCCACGUCCACAGUGAAUAUUGACUCAAAGGCUGGUGACUAUUGGGUUAAACAAGGUAAUAGAUUUGAUGGAAGUUUACAAAUUAUAGACUGAAAGCUGCAUGGGUCCUGUAUGUUAAGUGCCAAGUUUAGUUUUACCACUUUUUGUAGGGAUUUUAACCUGGUGUUCUCAUGUUGCCAUCAAAUUUUGGGGACUUUGGUAAAGAUUCAAAUGGUACUAAUGCCCAUUUGAUCUAUGUAGAAUUUGAAGAGUACUAAAUAUACUGCUUAUAAAAUACACACACAAAAGAGAUUAGCUGGAAAUCUCCUCCUAUAUGUUAUUAAUACAUAUUUUGGAAUGGUCAGUGCCAUCUUAGUUUUUUUUUUUUUCCUUUUUUGACUAAUAUUUUAAACCCCCCCCCCCAGAAUUUCUAAAUGAGCCAAAGAUACAAGUUGUUUUAGAGUAGCCGAUGUAAGGGUAAGGAUUCUUUUUAAGUCAAUGUCCAUAUAUUUAACUUGCUGCUGUGGCCAAGAAUAACCAAGAGGCCCUUAUAACAGUAUAUUUAAAACUCUGCAAUUGUAAAAGAAUACAAUGUAAGAAAAAAGUCAAAUUGUGGUGCUAAAUAUUUCUUGUAUAGGAAAGUUCCCAAAAUAUGUCAGAUAUAAAAUGUCUCCCGAUGGAGAGUGAAUAUAAGAGGAUAAAGUCUAGUCCCAGACUGCACUGGUCUGUAUGUAUCAGAGGUAUUUAAGUCUUGGUUUGGUUCUGGUUUAUUCCUUGGUUAGACCUGUUUUAGUCCUGGUUUGGUUCUGGGAUAGUCUUGGUUUUGUGCACCUCUUGCGGGGUGUUCUCUGCAGCAGUGGUCAGUAUCUAACCGAUGCAUUACACCUGGUUUUAGUCCUGGUUUAGUUCUAGGUUAUACCUGGUUUAGUCUUUGUUUAUUGUGACCUUCGUUGGAUUAUCCAUAGAAGAAACCUUGGAACAGUCACAACCUUUGAGCCAAUGAGACUUUAGUUUACAGGCUGUGGACACUGGUUUCGUCCAUUUGAAAGUCCAUUAACAGUAUUGUGCUGCCCCUCCCAAGUCCUGGUUCAGACCUCGUUCAGACCUGGUUUAUUCCUGGUUUAGACCCGGCUUAGACCAGGGGGCGGCUACUUGUUGCUUACUGUGUAGGCUUUAGCUGUGAACCUGUCGUGUUUUUAACAGAAUCAUUUGCAGAUGGACUAUUUUAAAUAAACACUAAUCAU